CCUCGACUAUAGUACCAGUAUGCAGUAGCUAUUCUUUGAUGGAUUGGCUGUUAAGAAUGUAUGGAUUUAAUGUUCCACCUGAACAUAGUGAAGAGCUACACGUUACUGUAACUAAAAACAUACAAAAGCAAAAUGGAGUUUUAUGUAAUUUUACAGUCUUGUUUCAACAUAUGAACGUAGAGCGUACCGUGUUAAUAAUAGCCUUUACUUUAAUACAUUUAAAAAGCACAAGAGACACGUUUAAUUACAGCUAAGGGCCAUCAUAAGAAUAAUACGUCGGUUGGAUAAAAUAUAAACGCAAAUUUCUAGGUUGCUGCUGGUACCGAAUUUGUAGUACCUGCAUUCUUCCAGGGUGGGCGCUUCUUCGAUGCCCUGCUUACAGUAUUUUUGUAUUUUUCCUGUACUUGAACCCACUGAACGCGGGAAUUACUUUCCUCCCGAAGGCUGUACGUGCGCGGGCCUUAAUUUUACAUGGGCACUUUUUUUUUUUUAAGCGAAAAUAAAUGAUCGUAUCAUACCAUUAAACCCUCAAGAACAUUUGGGUUUUUUUUUCCUUACCACAUCAUUUAAUUAGUUGUGACUCUGUAUACCGAUAAUUUCAUAAACACGCAACGAAAAUUGCGCUCCGUUACGUCCAUCUGCCCCCUUCUCCGCUGAACGGCGGACCGUCUCCCUCUAGCACAGGAGCUGCGAGCGCCGGAGUGCACGCACCGAGCACACAGCCAUGGCAGACAACGCCGGCUUAGAGAACCAUCGCAUCAAGAGUUUCAAAAACAAGGGACGCGAUGUCGAGACUAUGAGAAGACAUCGAAAUGAAGUGACAAUAGAACUGAGAAAGAACAAACGUGACGAACACUUGCUGAAGAAAAGAAAUGUUCCUCAGGAGGAAAGCUUGGAAGACUCUGAUGUAGAUUCAGAUUUCAAAGGGCAAAAUGUAACACUAGAUGCUAUCUUGCAGUUGAAGAACGCCACCAAUGAUAAUCCAGUGAUUCAGCUGAGCGCAGUGCAGGCUGCAAGAAAAUUACUUUCCAGUGACAGAAAUCCUCCUAUUGAUGACUUGAUAAAAUCUGGAAUCUUACCCAUCCUAGUGAAAUGUCUGGAAAGGGAUGACAACCCAUCCUUGCAAUUUGAAGCUGCCUGGGCAUUGACUAAUAUUGCUUCUGGUACUUCUGCACAGACUCAAGCUGUGGUGAAAUCCAGUGCUGUCCCACUUUUCCUGAGACUGCUACAUUCACCUCACCAGAAUGUAUGUGAACAGGCAGUCUGGGCUCUUGGAAACAUCAUUGGGGAUGGUCCUCAGUGUAGAGACUAUGUUAUCUCACUGGGAGUCGUCAAACCUCUUCUGUCCUUCAUCAACCCCUCCAUUCCCAUCACCUUCCUCCGGAAUGUCACAUGGGUCAUUGUCAACCUCUGCAGGAAUAAGGACCCCCCACCGCCCAUGGAAACUGUGCAGGAGAUUUUGCCAGCCUUGUGUGUACUUAUAUACCACACAGACAUCAAUAUCCUUGUGGACACAGUUUGGGCUUUGUCCUACCUAACAGAUGGAGGAAAUGAACAGAUACAGAUGGUGAUAGAUUCAGGGGUGGUGCCAUUUUUAGUUCCACUUCUCAGUCACCAAGAGGUCAAAGUUCAGACCGCAGCGCUGAGGGCAGUGGGCAACAUUGUGACGGGCACUGAUGAACAGACUCAAGUUGUAUUGAACUGCGAUGUGCUGUCACACUUCCCUAACUUACUGACACACCCAAAAGAGAAGAUAAAUAAGGAAGCUGUUUGGUUUCUCUCGAAUAUCACAGCUGGAAAUCAGCAGCAAGUCCAGGCUGUGAUAGAUGCUGGCCUGAUUCCCAUGAUCAUACAUCAGUUGGCUAAGGGUGACUUUGGCACACAAAAAGAAGCAGCUUGGGCGAUUAGUAAUUUAACAAUAAGCGGAAGGAAAGAUCAGGUGGAGUACCUCGUACAGCAGAAUGUCGUCCCGCCCUUCUGUAACCUGCUGUCUGUGAAAGACUCCCAAGUGGUGCAGGUUGUCUUGGAUGGCCUGAAAAACAUUUUAAUAAUGGCUAGCGAUGAAGCAAGCACCAUAGCUGAAAUAAUAGAGGAGUGUGGAGGUUUAGAGAAGAUAGAAACCUUGCAGCAGCAUGAAAAUGAAGACAUCUACAAAUUAGCUUUUGAAAUUAUUGAUCAGUACUUCUCUGGAGAUGAUAUUGAUGAGGAUCCCAGCCUCAUUCCUGAAGCCACUUCAGGAGGAACCUUUAAUUUUGACCCCACUUCGAAUCUGCAGACCAAGGAGUUCAAGUUUUAAGUGGAAUCGGAUUGUAGCUGCUCAGCACCCCCUACCAACCUCUUCAAAACCACAAGAGAAUCACUAACCACAAUAUAAAGUGCUGAUGGCUCAAAGACAUUUGUGCAUCUUCAGUUGAUGCUUCUAAAGUAAAAAGCCUUGUGUCAGUAACUCUGCAGUUGCCAAAAGUCGCUAUCACACAGACUAAAGGAUAAGCGUGCAUGAAUAUGCAAACCUACUUUAUUUGCCACCAUAUCAGCGGAGAAAAAAAUCCCAACCUUUUGUAAGUGUUUUUUUUGUUCUUGCCAUUCCUUCCCUGAUAUCAGAAGCUUGCCAUCAAUUUCAGUAAUCACUUUUAACAGUGUCCGUGGUAAGAUUUGAAAUGCUAUGUGAUGAACAUUUUGCUUUCUUGAUAUAGACUGAGGAGCUUGUUCUUUCAAAAUAAGGUUAACUUAGAUUUUUUUUUUUUUUCGCACCACACUAUUUCUAAGAAUCAUUGGAAGAACAGAAUUUUCACAAAAGUGUACAAAAUGACAAUGAACUAAUUACUUUUGGAGGCGAUGGGUGAGUAAGGGGAAGCGAUGGUUCGUUUUACUGAAAUUUAAGAAACUAAGAGGAGAAACAACUUACUAGCAUUCGUGUUUUGGAGUUCUGGAAUCCGCGAUUUAUAAAUUGAACUCUUGUGUUGGAGCCAAGUUCUACGCUUUCAGGAAAGCUUUGCACUGGUGAAGACCGGAGCCCUGUUGAACCACUUACUUCAACCUGUGUGUUCCUGCUAAUUUAAAAAACUAAAUAGUUGUCCAGUGCUGUGCAUGGUAUUUGAUUUGAGCUGCAAUCUCUGUAAGCUUCUAAGCUGAAAGCAGGAAUCUUAAAAAAAUAAAUAAAUAAAUAAACACAACAAUUAUUCUCUCCAAAAACUGUUUUAUUACUAAGAAUCUUGCUUUCAGCUUUUUUUUUUUUUCCCUUAAUGUAUAAACUUAUUUUUAGUUUGUUGAUUUAAAGUAGAGACUUUUUUUUUUUUUUUACUUGGGUUUAAUCUGUGGAGCUUCCAAGUUUGCAGUAAUUCAGUCUUACACACACUUUGAAUCGUAACCUGUGCUUAUUCUUAUAAUUAAUGCGGAAGGCAGCAAACAGACUAUUGCAUAAAAAAAUAAAGAAAAAAAAAUCAUGUGGCCGUGGACCUUGGCAAUAUAGGCGAUCGGAGAAUGCUGAUCUCUGAAGGUUAUAUGCUAAAGGUUGAUUAAUUGUACAAAAACUGAAAUAUAUAUUUCCAAUUGUCUAUAUAAGGCUUGUAUAAAAGCUCCAGUGGCUGCUAACUGUACAUCUGGUUUAUCUUCAGAACAACAUUGUAUUUACUGUUCAAAUUAACGGAGUUCUGUUAACAUACGUAUCGUGUUGAGAUGAUGCCAUUAUUGGAAUGGGUUUUGUUGCUCUUGUGACUGAACAUAAAUGUUUUAGUUUCCCUGUGCAUUCAUGGUAAAGGGACAGAAGAUUGCAAUUUGGACUAAUGUAGUUAUGUUUUGGCUGCUAACUGCUGCAAAAGAUGUCCAGAUGGGAAUGCAGUGAGAGGUGUUAAUAAUUGAUGAACAAAACUGUAGCAGGUGUACAUUCAUGGAAUAUCUAGCCGCCUAGACCGAGCCACUUUAAAGAGUAGAGUUGCCUUGUAUUGUAAAUGGAUACAAGCUUUAUGUGAAUUGCAAGAUUUUUACUUGCUAAAGAAACUUGUUUUAACGUGACCAGAUAGCAUUUUGGCCUCUGAUUAUUUAUAUCUUUUUAUAAAUUUUAGAUUCAAUUUCUCUUUAAGGUGGCUCAUUGUUUCCUUCAACUCUUGUGCAUAUUAAAAUUGAGUUGAAAUUGAAAA